AUGAUCGCUCUGUUCACACCGGUUCGCUCCAUAUCUAAGAGUCCAAAGCAUAAUAUCGGACGACAAACAGCCUCCAAGCUGGAAGGAGUACAGAUUGGGGUCUACCAAUGUGCACCGGCUGAAAAGUAAAAAGGGCACGAUUGUUAACACCGUGUCUCACAGCGAGUAAAUCAACAAGAAGCGAAAAGGAAUAAUAUUUUAAAGCGAUGAAAACGGCGCCAACGAAAAGGUAUUGCGAAUUGUUUUGCUUCUCAUAAGAAGGGUCUCAAAAAACGAGUCAAUUACCGCAUCACUAUCGCGCCAAGUGACGCGCAGAUUCCGAGUGCAUUGGCGACAUGAACUUCAUCGGGUGAUACCUUUUCGUUAAGAACUACUUGCAUCGAUGUCAUCUCUGCUUAUCUACAAAUGGAAUUUUUCUGCCAUAUGGUGCAUCAACAUUUACGUGCUUCUGGCGAUUUUCGCCUCCAUACGUGUGAUAUGUGACCUCACGACGCUCGAUCCCACUUCCUUUCCAUCGGAGUUGAAAUCCGUUUUCAGCAAGUUUAGCUCUGAUUUUGAUUGCAAUUUCAACCACAAAGCAUUUUGCGCUUUCCAAUUUGUUCCCGCUGAUUGGAGUUUUCAUCAGAGUAUGCGAGAGUUGGCGGAGAAGCUGAGGAUAGCGGCUGAAGCUGCAGCGAAUGCACUCUCAACGUUCACGAAUGUCUCAGGCAACGAUUCUGAAUCCAAUUUGCAGGAAGUGGAAAUUCAUCCUGUCACAGUGCCUCAAACAAACUACUUUCCGUGCGCGGCCAAGACGUCAAGCAUACAUUCUUCCAAUCCGACAUCCUGCAUUCUGGAGCUUUCGGUCCCAUGGCCACGGUUCGCCCCCUUUGUAGUACCUUCAGUAGAAACUAUCCCCGGUGUAAACUUAGCCACCUCGGUCUCUGGUGGUAACCGAGCGCUUUCCAAUCGUUUCACUCCCGCUUCUCCAUCCCCUGCGCAACGAUAUCCUGCUCCUCUCGUAUGCCUACAGGUGAACUUUCGAUUCCCUCCUAAUCAAUCCAGCCAAGUAAACAUCGAUUUUGUCUCACCCAUUCAGACAAUACGCACAGACCUGCUUGGAGCCCCAUCACGGAGUCCAUCGGCAACACAUUUAUCCGAUGACCUGCAAGCAGUUAGCACGUUGCCGCACGACGUUUGGGUGGAGUUAACUGUCCCGGUCCGAGCAGCAUCUGGCAUAUCGGAACCUGGACGCGAAACAUAUUCACCACUCCGGAGCUCCACUGCGCUUCCAUCCAUUGUAUUCGGCAGUCACGGUGUCACAUGGAUAGCCACUGUGGUCCCGACACCGCUGCGUCUACAAAUCACGUCCGGUGUUUGUGUGGACAACUUCCGCCUCAGGUCGCUUGUGCUCGAAAACGAGAUACCUGCAAAUUCUUGCGUCCGAAGUAUCCGCUGGAUUGAGCCGUUGACCACCUCCGAUGUCCUGAUCCUGAUUGACGAGUUCGGAGCUCCCGUCCGACCAGUGGAUAUUGAUGCGGUUCCCGUGCUCGACGGCACAAACACCCCGUUGCUCCGAGUGUACGAGCCCCACAGCCUGAUGAACGGAAUGGACUGGCUCCGUUUCACCGGCUCCCUGAUUCUGUCUGUCACGGUCACUCUGCUGUUUCUCCUCUUCGUCUCCGUCGUCGGUCUGUCUAUUACAAUGGCACGAAGGCACUACGGUCGCACUCGUCGUCCACGUCGCCUCACCCUCAUAUCCGAGAGUCAAGAUGAUCAUUCCAAGGAUGCUCAUGAUAGCCUCUUGUCGGAGGUCACCUGUCCCGUUCUGAGUGACCCUGAGGUGCAAUCCGUGGAUCCAGAGCCCAGUUCAAUUCAGGGUGGAGAAAGUCUAUUUCACAACGGUACCGAUACGUUUCAAAGCAGAGGAGAUACGCCAGUUGAGAAUUCAAUGAUUGGCACACAUUUGGGGAGCACCGCAUCCGUGCAGUUACUUCGAAACUGGUACUUUUAUCGUCGGAAGGCAAAUCGCAAUCGUAUGCAAUCACGCGCACGGGAAGGGAAUCCCACUUCGCGUCUCCCUUCACCACUGGCCUCCUUUGCACAUGAGAUGGUCACGCGACCUGUACAACGACGGAACACUGCCGCCUCCGCAGCUGACAACCCGUGCAGACAUUCGUUCAUUUUGUCCGCAGACGCGGAUAAUCAGCUCAUCAUUAUGCCCGCCUUCCACUCAGGUUCCGCACCGUCGACUAGUAUGCGUGAAGCACGAAGGGGUUCGGAAACCCAUCUAAGGAUGAUACCUGAGUCACCGUUCUACACCUCCCAAAAUCUGUCCUGUGACAGAGCAUUGCAUUGGGAUGCUAACCACCAGUUGAACAACGAAUGCGCCCAGUCCCUUGAGUCUAUGGAUCAGUCGCCCUCAGCCCCCCCACCACCCCCAGAUUAUCAUACUUCAUCCACUGUACCACGUUCUCAACUCUCAGCCACGGACGGUUCCAUUAACUCUUUCGGUCUCACUCCCCCCUCUGCGGAUUUUGCCAUUUCAGACUCCAGCUUGAUUAGUUGAACGUGACCGAUGUACAGAGUCUUACAUUUGUUCACUUUGCACUGUUGAGGGCAUCCUCACUUGCCUCGAUUACUUGCGGUACUGAUAUAUAUAUACAAUAUAUAUAUAUAUAUAUAUAUAUAUAUAAUUUGAAAACCACCUACGGUCUCUGACAACUCUGUGUAAUUAUCUUAAUGUAUGCACACCAAGCGAUCUGUGAACAAGUUCAUUUUCAUUUCACAUCCCCACCCCACCAGGCGGAUCGUGACUUUCCAUCCGUGUACUCAUCCCAAACCAGGUGUUAUUUAUCUGCAAUGCUCCUUGUCUAAUCUUUUUCUGCAAAAAAACUGCUUUUAUGCUUCCUUUAGUAAUAUUUCCAUUGUGGCCGCUUUAUUGCUCCUGAUUUUCCCACUCGCAUAGAUGUUUCUCUUCGAAAAGCAUGUGUUCUGCUUUUAGGCUUUUCCGGCGUCGAC